AUGGUGAUGAUGCUUGCACUAAACAGAGAGAAGAUUACUAGUACCAUACCAAAACCCCAAAAGAUCAGAAUGACAGGCUCUGGUUCUCCUUGUGGUGCCUGCAAGUUCUUGAGAAGAAAAUGUGUAAGGGGUUGUGUUUUUGCCCCUUACUUCUGUCAUGAACAAGGUGCAAGCCAUUUUGCAGCAAUCCAUAAAGUCUUCGGUGCCAGCAAUGUGUCGAAGCUCCUAGCUCACCUCCCGGUGAGUGACCGCUGUGAAGCUGCUGUCACGAUUUCGUAUGAAGCUCAAGCUAGGCUUCAAGAUCCCAUUUAUGGAUGUGUUUCACAUAUCUUCUCUCUCCAACAGCAGGUUGUUAAUCUACAAGCACAACUAGCUUCUCUAAAGGAACAAGCAGCUCAAAGCCUUCUCAGUGGCUCCAACAGUACAAACUUUAAUGAUAGAUUCACUGGAAAAUGCCCUUCUUACCCACUGGAUGUUCAAAGUUGGUUCCAGUCAGAAUUUUUUAGCAUGAUGCCCCAAUUUGAUCCCAACUUAACCGGUGGUAUAGGAAACAUGCCAUAUUGUGAAGACGGGUCCAUCAAUCUGGGAAACUAUGAAAAUUCAGUCCUCCCAGAAGAUAAUAUCUCAUUUUCUAACUUGGAAGAAGCUUCUCAUUCCAUGGACUCUCUCCAUGAUGUACAAACAAACAGCAAGCUAUGGACUUUCUGA